GCUGUUCGGUUCGUGCUUUCGAUUCAAUGUGCUGUGUAUCUGCUCCACAUGCUUUAUAAUCUUCUGGUAGCAUAGCUAAAGUGUUAUUGGUUUGUAGCCUGCACAGCGGUAUCAGUCGUGUUUGAAACGUCGUCCAAGCCAAACGGAAAUUUCGACUCCGAACAUCCUAAUCGAAACAGAUUAUUGUAUUUGGUUUUUAAUUUCUGUUAAUCUGGAAGAACUUGUAAAAAACUUGAGCUAUCGAUUUUAUUCGAAGCAAAAAAGAAAUCUGACAAACUUUUAAUUUAGACAUUCCUGUCAUCUGAUUCAACGUUAAAAAACUUUCUUUGUGAUAACGUAAAUAAGUUGUUGAAUAAAAUACGAAAACCCAACGAAAAAUGGGUAAAGACGAACAAACAACGGAUGCCCAAGUGACAAAACCAAAACUAUCCAACGACUCAAAUCUCAAGACAACCGUCGAUGAUGAACUCACUAAAAUUGGCAACGGCGGACCAUGGGUUUGGAAGCUCUUCUUUUUGUGCGUUACACCAAACAUACUGAAUGGAUUCCAUGUGUCGUCGUAUGUUUUUCUGGGUCAACCGCCGAAAGAGCAUUGGUGCGUCAUCAGUGGACUAAUCAAUUCCAAUUGGAGCGAUAGCCAGAUGCGAACAAUAUCAUCCACAAAUGAUGGCCUUGGCGAUGGAUGUAAAAUUUUGGAUUGGGACUAUCCAUAUUUGGGUUCCUUAAAUUACAACGAUGCUGUUUCGUAUACCAAGUCACAUCCACGACCCGAAGCCAUUUCAUGCUUACAGAAUUCAAACAAUAAAUACCAUUACGUACAAGAACCGGGCUCAUCAAUUGUCCUCGAGUGGGAUUUGAUUUGCGAGAAAAGCUUUUGGCGGACAACUGUUGCAACGGCCGUUUCAGUUGGAAAAUUCUUGGGCGCAACUACAUUUGGUAUUUUAUCGGAUAAAUAUGGUAGAAGGACCUGUUUUAUCAUUGGUUCAAUAUUUUAUAUUGCCGGAAGUAUUCUAACUACAUUUUCACCGUGGUAUUGGCUGUUCUUGAUCGGUCGAGUCCUCCUGGGUAGCUCAUCGUCCGGUCUCUUCUAUCCGGCAUUUUCUUUAUUGACAGAAAAUAUUGGAUCAAAACAUCGGUCAUGGAUGAGUAUUGCAUUCAGUAUGUCAUAUCCAGUCGGUAUGAUUUUAUUGGCCGUUUCAGCAAACUACAUUCAUGCGUGGAGAAACCUUCAACUAUCUUUAACCAUUCCCGCAUUUUUGCUGGUGUUUUAUUGCUAUUUCCUCAAUGAAUCACCGCGAUGGUUGAUAUCGAAGGGUCGUGAAGCCGCAGCUUAUCGGAUUGUAUUCAAUAAAAAGUGUGAUAUGGAAUUCUCAGAGAAAUUGGCAUCGAAGGCAAAAGAAGCUGAACAAGAGGCCAAGGACGCUGAUCAAAAUAAAUCAAAGAUGCAGCGAAUUUUCAAAGAAUUGCACGCAUUAUAUGGGCCAUCGCGACUACGUCGAAUGGCAUUGAUUUGUCAUUACACUUGGUGCGUCACUGCACUUUCAUACUAUGUGACAGCACUGAACGCUGAUAACUUGGCGGCAGAUCGGGUUGUUUACGUUGCCGCAACAGGUGCUGUCGAUUUUACUAGUCUUAUUUUAUCGAUGACACUAUUGAAUUUCUUCGGACGCAAAUUAUCAUCAUGUGGAUUGUUCGCAUUAUCUGGAUUCUUUUUACUAUCCUUAAUUCUUAUACCAAGGGAUAACUCAAAUCUAAUUGUAUUUUGCGCGAUGGCUGGUCGCUUUGGUAUCACUGCAGUAUACUCGAUAGUAACGCUGCACACAGCCGAAAUGUUCCCAACGAGCAUCCGAAACUCGGCAUUGGGUACGAGCAGCACAUCCAGCCAUGUUGGCAGCAUAAUGGCACCAUAUGUCGUCGACUUUUUGGGACGAAUGGCAUGGUAUAUUCCGACAACAAUUUGUGGUGUUCUUAUUGUGAUGGCUGGUUUGCUGUGCCUUACUCACCCAGAAACAAGAGCUAAAGAUUUAAAAGACCAAGUUUAAAGCACAAACGCAUUUUUUCGAUGAAAUAAUUUUCUGAUUAUUUUUUUUUCCAUUUUUUUUUUUCAAUUAUUUUAUACAAAAAAAAAGUUUUUGUUGCUUUGCGCGCUUCCAUCGCACCAAACCAACUAGUGAUUUAUAUGAAUAUGAUCCGUUUUUUUUAGUCUCUAGAUAGUAAAUUUAUCAAAGGCGGUCAAAUUAUAAGAUAAACCGAGCAAAUGAUUCCUAGAUGCAUACAAACAGCCAAAAAGGAGAGGAAAAGGAAAGGAAAGAAGUAGCGACGAUGACAAUUAUUAGGACAAAUUAUUUACAGAUGGUGUUAUAAGAUUGAACAUGCAAUAUUUCGAUAUAUUAUCGAUAGGAAUAACAAAUUUUUUUUGCGACAAGAACUUAUAAAACAAAUUAUACAACAAUGUUUGACAUAAAUUACAAAAUAAAAU